CACUAUUGGUUUUGAUUCAAAGCUGUGGAUAUAUAGAUAUGUCGAACAUAUUUAUCCAGCAAUUGUAGUAAUCCUUUGCAUCGUUUCCCUUGUGGUUUUAUAUUCCAAACUUGCUGUAAAGAAGAUUUGCAAAGAAGAUAUAAAGAAACUUGACAGAUUUUUUGAAGACUUGUAUUGGAAAGAACUUGCUUUACAGAGCCGCUGGUCGAUCGAUGAGAUAGCAGCAAUAAAAGGCAAAAUAUUGGACAUUGUUUCAAUUAUUAUAUUUGAAUCAUUCAAGAGUAAUCAUGUUUUUCAGUUAAACACAUCGACCGUGAAAAGUCAUAUCCGUUUAGUCGGAAGUAUGGCAGAGCAUACUAGAAUAAGAAACUCUAAUGAAUUUGAUUUCGUUUUCAUUUGGCCUCAUUUUGACGUAAGCAACAUAAAACUUGAAGGCACAAUUUUGGGUGGAAUCAAUCUUUGGUAUAAUGGCAAACUUGUAAAAAAACUGAGAAAAAGAAAGAUACUAACAGGUAAGAAAAACAGAAACGGAUCAUAUCAAAUAUCACCGUCUGGACUUUUUGAUUACUUCAUACGUAAUGUACGCAAAUGUGUGUCUGCACUCCCUAAUUGUAAAGUGUUUUUAAAUGCACCUGUUGCAACACUGUCGUUCUGUUUGGAAGUAAACUCCUUACAUAAACUUCAAAUUUCUGUUGAUCUCAUACCAGUAAUAUCAUUGCCAGGAUCAAAGGCAACUCACAUAUUUUCGCAUAGCCCUUAUAAGAAAAUCCUAGAAAAAUCAGAGCAACCAGUUUUCCUAUCUCAUAUUCCAACUGGCAGAUUUUUAUUUUAUAUUUCUGAUGGUAAUAUGAUACUGAACACAGCUUUUACAGAAAACGACACAUUCAGUCUUACUCUACCACAUGAUGAAAACCAGUUAAUAAAAAAUCUUGAAGAAACGCAACCAAAAAUAUUUCUUUCUUAUCAAAUACUCAAAGACAUGAAAAAGCCGUUGAAUAUGAUUCUUUUCGGUGAUGAUAAAACUGAACCAUACAGAUUUUACUUGAGUAGUUACCACUUGAAAUGUCUAACAAUAGAAAUGGCAUAUAAAGAAAAUCAACAGUAUUCAACGAUGUCACUGUCAGCAAUUGUUAUAGCUCUUUGGGAGCACAUUCUUUUAUCCUAUUCGAAAGCGACUAAGAAGGGAAAAGUAACAUUCUGGACAUUAUUGUUUAGAAAAGAAGACAAUUACUUUUUGAAACUCGAAUCUGUCAAAUUAGCCUUAAAGUCAAUUUUUAAGUCUAAUCGGGAUGUGUUGUUAUCUUUUUUUGAGAAAAUAGUCCAUGACAAAACAUACGAUUUCGAAGUUUAUUUGGAACAAUAUGAAGAUUUUGUUCGGGGUUCAGCUGACAGUUUUGUAACAGAACGUAAAUUUCGUGUGUCUGUAGUAGAUGAAAUUCAGAACAUAAAUCUGCCGUUGGAUCAAAACCUUUUAGAAGAAAUAAACAAAUAUCCUGAGAAAAUUUAGAACAUAAUUUUGCCGUUGGAUCAAAACCUUUUAGAAGAAAUAAACAAAUAUCCUUAGAAAACUUAAAUUCUUAAAUUCUGCAUAUAUAGAAAAUCAUUAGAGACAGUUUACUUAUCCUUUAUACGCCCAAUACUUGAUCAAAAUGUAAAUCAGACGAACCAAACUAAAUCCAAAACGAAUGUGCUCGUAUUGCUUCCGGAUGCACAAUACUUGUUUCGAGUGUACUCAAUUCGACACAGCUCGACGAAAGCUACUUCGCAAUUUGAAUAAACAUGUCAACCCAGACCUUUCUGACCAAACUUAUAUCAUAAUUUGCUGAAAAACUAACCGUAAUAAGACGAUGUGCAAGUACGCAUGAUUGACCAUCCUCAGAUCAAGGUCAAGGUCACAUUUAUUCAAAGUGUACUAAUUUUGUGUCCGCUCUGUAUCUUUUAAACCGACUGUAAAAAAUUAAAUAUAUUUGGCAGAAAUAUUAAUACUACUAACAAAGCGAUGAUUUGCAGACCGCAGAUUUAGGAUUCCUCGGAUCAAGAUCAAGGUUACACUGACUUUUCAAAGUCCUUAUAUAACUGUUUAUAUUGCAAAUAUGUUUAUGUUAUAGCUUAGAUAUUUUCCAUGAAAAAAUUGUUUUGUUGACAUCUACAAAAGUUAUAAUUUACAAUUUACAUGUACACAGACUUAUAUGAUAUACAUUAAUUUCUUAAAAUCAUUUUCCAUCAACGUACAGGGUAUAAUUAUACUAGUACAACAUUAAGCAGGUAGCAUCACUAUGUUAGCUUUAUAAAUUUGAAGAAGGACAUAAAAUGAACAUAAGAUCAGUGUUUGUUUAAGUAUUGAUGUUAUACAUGUAAUAUAAAAGAAGAAAAAUAUUUGUAAGUACAGCAUUUUGAUUUUUUUUUUCAUAUUAUAAUAAUAUUUUGUGCUUCUUAAUUUGUGGCGUUCUAUUAUUUGUACGUUUCUUUGAAUUUGUAUCAUAAAAAAACAAGCAUUAUUGGUGUUUUACGCAUGGAUGUAUAUUUCCACGACUCUGUGCUUCAAAUGUAUGCAUUCUAAAGAUAUUAGAUGGAAAGUAUAUUUUGUUUCUUGAAGCACUUAGAUACAUAUCUGCGUUUUCUUUUUUUCCAACUCGUUUUUGUUUGUUUUUUAUUUUAUUUUUAUCAGAUUAUUCAAUAUGAUUUUAGCGCUUUUUAUGUUUCAACUACUCACUAAGCAGACGAAUUUUAUAAGACACUUUGACUUCCAUUCUACUCCUUUUUUGUAAAAAUAUUUGAAAAGAUUGUGUAUAUUGUAAACAGAAACAUGUGUAGACAUUCUGAUAAAUAAAAUAUGUUUAAACUAAACCUUUGACAAAACUGAUUAGACAGUGUGUUAUGUAUAAACACUGUAUGUGAAGCUCAAAGUUCAAGCAUUCCCACUUGUUAUUACAAUUGUUAUGCAACAUGACUUUGUAAUAUUCAAUCAAACAUUGUGCAAUCUGUUACAUCAUUUAUUUGUAGUAAAGGGCUUCGGAAAAUGAUGUUUUAAUUGCAUUAGAAUGUAACGGUUUCUAAAAAAUGCAUUGAUAAAAUAUAAGCUUAAAUAAAAGCUUUUAACAACUGAUCCUUACAUGAGAAUUCAAUCAUUUGAUUCUGUCAAACUGCUGACUUUAAUUUUUCAUAUAUUAGCUUAUUUGUUAUGAAUACGAAGAAAGAAUUAGUGGCAACGGUUCAUGCUACAUUUUGAAAUAUGUCAAGACUCGGUUUGAAUGAGUCUGUACAUAAGGGAUAGUGAAAAAGUGGAACAUCUUUCACUCACACCCAAAGCACCGGCGUGAGCGGUACUCAAUGUUCAACAUUUCAAGUGCUGGAAUCAAGUCAUGAAAUAUAUAUACUCAUUCAAACCGCAUUCAAACCGGGUCUGUAUUUUUCAUGCAAGUUUGUUGUGUUUAAUGCUUCCUAGGAAUCAUCUUUUUUCCAUUUUUUUAAAUAUUAAAACUGACAAUUUAUGCCAAUAUUGUUUGUCUGUUUUUGAUAAAUAAUUAAAAUGAUUUUAUACAUUAACUAACAUUCAUAAGUUAUCAUAAUAGACAUAUAUAAUGAUUUCAAACUGGACUUGUUUUACAUUACACUUUUUAAAAUUAUAAAUAAUGACAAAGGGAUAUUUUUUCUCUGAAUGAAAUAUUUUUGCAAACAUAAAUGAAAUGAUCGAUUCUCUUUUCAUUUUUGAUAUAAACAGUUUGCAAAGAAAUGAAUAUGUGUUCAUCGUUAUAAGAUCCAAAUAUUAAGCUUUUCUAUUUUUUUUAUAAAUAAAGUUAUAAAUUAUCAUUUGUUUUCCAAAUUGUGUGUAUAAAACAGAGCAAUAACAGAAAGUGUUAAACGUGUCUCUCAGAUAGCAUUCAUUUUAUCAUAAUUGUUGAAACAAAAAAUAAGACAUACUACUUGUAAUUUUGUAGUGAUUAAUGCUUCAGUGGGACACACUUUUUCGAGAUUUUAUGUUUUUACAUAUAUAC